AACAGCCCGGAUUUGUGAUCUGCGUGAUUCAGGUCUGCGACUCUCCAAUUGGAAUUACAGAGGCAGUACUUCCUUAACUGUCUCCUUUGUUUUUGAAAGAAAGUGUGGAAUAUAACAUCGUAUUCUUAUUUUAUAAAGAUAAGUAGUGUGCAAUUUCUUUUGAAAUCCCGAGCAGGGAUAUAUAUAUAUAGUUUUCCAAGAAAAAUGACAAACCCAGUGGAAGAGGUUGCUGCAUCAUUAGUAAGGGAAUAUCUCAGUCGGAAGGGAUUAAAGCAGACAAUUGCUAGCAUGGAUCAAGAACUUCCAAGGACUGAUUUAAGCAUUAACAACAGAAGUGAUCUUCGAAGAAUCUUGCAUUUGGAGUCUCUUUAUAAAAAGAAUAAGGCCCAGGAAACCCCUUUAAAAGCAAUGCUAGAGAUUAUUGUAAAGCACCACAUGGAAAAAUGUGGAGAGACGAGGAGUAAGACUAAUAGUAGCAGUGAGCAAGAUCAUUGUGCAUUUUUAUUUCAGCCAAUUGUAGUGCCUAAGGCUAAGUCUACCAUUGUGCCAGCUGUUAGUAUGCAUGAUAUCUCUGAAGAGGAGAAAGGAGGAAGUACAGCUGUAUCUGACCAAAGUAAAACUGAUGUUUACAGAGCUUGUAAGGAUGCACUUCUCCCAUCUAAUAAAUGGCCUUCACCUCAGAAGUCUCAGUUUGACUCUAAAAAAACAGUGAAGCAUUUGAUAAGCACCAGCUUAGUUUCAGAAAGUGAGAAAGACAAUCACAUUAAACCUUCCUUUUCAGAAAUUGACAAUGAUAGUUUUAAAGCUGAUUUGUAUUUAGAAAAAAAGAACAUUUUUUCAGAGAUUCAAAAACAUAGAAGCAGUCGCUUUGUGCGUGGAAUGAUGGCUGGUCCUAUUGCUAGUUCACAACAGGAAUGUAACAGAAAACGUCAACCAAGAAGACCAUCUGGAUCAAGUUUUAUUCUUCAGUCAAAAGAUGAAGAUAAGAAAGAAAAUUCUGUUCUGUCUCUAAAGGAUGGUACUCCAAUAAGUACACAAUCUAGUAAAACUGCAUCCAUUGAAGAUGCUUUUACAGAUGUGCUUUCUCAAAGAGAAAGAAAACAAUCUUGUGAUACACAAGAAGAGAAAAGGGUUUCUAAACUUCAGACUGGGCUGAGAAAAUGUAAUGAUUCCCUCAAAACUGACAACAUGGAACUGAAGAAUAAAGAGGAAAAUGAACUGUCUAAGGAUCUUCUAUAUAAUGCCUGGAUAGUUGCAUGUGGUAGGAUGUGGCUUGACUACAGUCUGUUGGACAACAAAGGGGAUGCACAGCUCAAGAGGGCAAUUCAGAAAGAGGUGAAAAGAGAGAUCAGGAAAGCUAAAGAUGAUAUCAAUGAUGAAGAGGACCUUCGAGGGAUUAUCAGUGUGCCUGUAAUUUCAAAUGCAGCUCAGCUCCGUGUAAAUUCAAAUCCAAUAGAUAUAAAUCUUGCAAGUGACCUCAAGGGACUUCUGUUUGGUUCCAGUUUGAAUUGUUUCAAUGAAGAGUGGAAGGCUCAAAGUUUUACAUUUUCUGAGAUUCCCCAGCUGAAAUACGGCAUUGUGCAGAAAAAGGGUGGCCCUUGUGGAGUACUGGCAUCUGUCCAGGCCUGUGUCUUGCAAAAGCUUCUGUUUGAGGACACAAGCACUAGCUCUGGAACCAAAAAAUUGCAGCCUUCAAAAUCUACGAGAACCAAGUGUCUUAUUUUAGCUGUUGCUGAAAUUUUAUGGCGAGCUGGAGAAAAAAAGAGGGCUACUAUUGCAAUAUCUUCAGGCAGAAAACAUUUUGUACCUGCUGGAAGAUAUAAAGCAGAUGGAAUUUUAGAAACGAUAACACUGAAUACUGUGACUAGUCUGGAAGACCUGAAAUUGUUUCUGAAUGAGAGUAUACAUCAGUUUGAGCUGGGUCCUUCUGGAUGUAUUUUACUAACCAUUUCAGCAAUUCUUUCCAGAUCCAUAGAACUAGUGAGAAAAGAUUUUGAUGUGCCUACAAACUCAGUGAUUGGAGCCCAUGGAUACUGCACUCAGGAACUUGUAAAUCUUAUUCUGACUGGAAGAGCAGUAUCAAAUGUGUUUAAUGAUGAAAUUGAACUGGAUUCCGGGAAUGGAAACAUUACCCUGUUGAAGGGAAUCAAAGGACGGAGUGACAUUGGAUUACUUUCCUUAUUUGAACAUUACAAUGUUUGCAAGGUUGGCACCUAUAUGAAGACUCCCAGGUAUCCAAUAUGGGUGAUAUGCAGUGAAAGUCACUUCAGUGUGCUUUUCUCUACACGCAAGGAGUUAAUGAGUGAUUGGAGGAUGGAGAGGAGAUUUGACCUUUACUACUAUGACAGCCUAGCAAAUCAACAGGAGGAAAUACGCCUAACUGUUGACACAUCUCAAAACUAUGCUCCUGAUGUGGAAAAUGACCUGAUUCCGCCUCUUGAACACUGCAUCAGGACAAAAUGGAAAGGUGCCAUGGUUGACUGGAAUGAAACUGAACCUAUACUUUGAUUUCAUUGUGCUAUAGACAUGAAAUUCUUCUACGGAAAAAAAAUAUAUGACCUAAUUUAUAACCAUAAAGUAUCAGUGAAGCUGAAAAACACAACUUGUAAAGCACCCAUACAAAUAUUUAAGAUAAAGACAUGGAUUCUGUUUUAUUGCCUCAACCCUGUAUACCUGUGCCUUUAAUUUUGAUUUGGAAAACAAUAUGAAAUAUGUAAAGAAUGUACCUUAGGAUUUAUUUGAAUAUAUGAAGUUGAGUAACUAAUGAGGCUCACACCAGACUGUAAUCAUGUAGUUUAUUCCAUUUAUACAUUUGUUUUAUUGUGUAUUUAGGAUUCAUGUCUUGCAUGUGAAUGUAUGGCUUCUUGUGCUUUAACUCAACGAUUAAUGAUAAGAAUAGAAAUACAUGUUUUGCCUUCGAAAAACUGCAUUUCAGUUUAAAUUUUAUUUAUACAAAUAUUUUCAUAAAUAAAAUGUUUAAGAAAGCUUUCUUUAGCUUGGUAUUUACUUUUUUUGUUGGAUAGAGACAAGUAUUUACGUAUGUUUAGCGGGAAGUAGUUCACUGUUUCUUUAAGUCAAUCACAUGAAAGUUUGUUAAUUUCAUUGACUCAUGCCCUGCUAAAGUGAUAAUGUUGUAAGAUGCUUAAUUUGCUUAAAAUCUUUAUUAUUUUUAUACAAUGCAUGUACUGUAGAGUUUACCUGUAUGCACAGUUAAUAAAAUGAGAAUCUGGCGCUA